CAGGCUCAACAACCUCCAUUUUGUGAGAGCCGCCGCCGCCGAGCCCAGCGCCGUUCCCCGUGACAAGGAGGACCCCACAGACAUCUGAAAACUCCCAAGUUAGCCGACGAACCGCUCGCUAACCAAGUUAUUAUCCGAAAGGAAAGCAAAUCUUAUCGUAUGUCCGGUAUCCAGAACCUCCAAACUUUUGACCCCUUUGCUGAUGCAACUAAGGGUGAUGACCGCCUCCCAGCCGGGACAGAGGACUACAUCCACAUAAGAAUCCAACAGAGGAACGGCAGGAAGACCCUCACCACUGUCCAGGGCAUUUCCGCCGACUAUGACAAGAAGAAGCUAGUCAAGGCCUUCAAGAAGAAGUUUGCCUGCAAUGGGACAGUGAUUGAGCACCCAGAGUAUGGUGAAGUGAUCCAGCUGCAGGGAGACCAGCGCAAGAAUAUCUGCCAGUUCCUCAUUGAUAUCGACCUGGCCAAAGAGGAACAGCUCAAAGUCCACGGCUUCUAAAAGCUGCCACCGGCCCUCCCCUCGUUCUCUCCUGAAACGCCACUCAACUCCUUCAACCCCCCCUCCCCCCUCCUCCCCCUCCAUCUCCUCCUCCUAUGUGCGGCUGUUGUUCCUCCUCCCCCCUCCCCCCUCCUCCCAGCAACCCCACCAGCUCCUAUUAGCUGACACGGCGAAUACCUCUGACAAACAUGGGACUCUGUAACACCAAGCCCCCCCAGCGCCACCAGGGGGCAGGCUCGCUCUCACAAAGACACACCACUGCAGCUCCACACAACAUCAGGGAUGAGUGGUGAUGACCCUCCCUCACACACUUGUCUCUUCCUUCCUUCCCUCCCCUCCCCCUUAAGUUUUUUUUUUUCCUUUUUUUAAAUAGGUCUUGUGCCACAAUGAGGCACCAUUUCAUGUAACUUUUUUGUUUUGUAUUACAAGGUGUUUAAAUAAAACGAUGAGUCUCCAUAUGUCGGGUGGUUUCAUGAUGGAUUCGGGGAGGGGCGGGCAGCGGGGGAAGGCUGGGUGUGUGACGGGGGCGUCAUUGGCCAAAUCAGUGUUCAGACCCAGAGCGGGCGAGUUUAGAUUAACACAUUCAGCAGCAGUGAGAAGGGGACGUCAAACGCAGAGGGGACGCUCGGCAGGUGGAGGCGUUGUUUGUAACCUGCCGGCGUCACGAUGUGCUUUUCCCCUCUCUGUCCGCUUCCUAAACUUCCCACUGGGAGUGUUUACAUGCUCAGCUGCCUGCUCCCAUGUUACACACAGCAGAGGAUGUGGGGUGUCAACCAUCUUCACCAGCUGGCUAAUGUGCUUCUUCCCUUGAAGUCGACUUUUAUUUUGACAGUACACAGUUUUUUUAAUGCUGUAAUUUUGUUUUUUCCUUUUUCUUGAUGCAAAUAAAUUCCAAGUAUCAACUAAUUAAACGGGUGUCCAGUGGCAGUCUGACUGUGGUUAUAGAGGUAAUGAAGUGCUUGAGUAAUAAUUUGCAGAAGUGACCAGAUAAUGAAGCGACUCCAGUGGGAAACUAGCAGUCGCAAACGCUGGUAAAUCCUGGCCUGUGUGAGUUUUACACUACAAGUCGUAAAAGAGAUUGUACCCACAAGACAACUGGGCGGUAAAAGAGCAGUCCCAAGUUCAGAUUGGGGUUUACCAGUCAGCCGGUGAAGCUGGUUUCCCACUGUGGUCUGAGGUUUUAUUUUUUGGGGGGGUUUGGUCCAGCCGCAAACCUGGCACCAAACGUGAAUGUUGAGCUUGACUUCAAUUCUUUAACUGUCAUUUUCUACACUGCAAUAAUUUCUAACCGCCGGGUUUAAGAGGCUGUAAAGCUAAAGUGAACAUGAUAUUAAAGCCAUGGCCAGCUCACACUGUGCUCCUGUGACUGAGGAAUAGAUCGUGACGAUGGAGGGGAGCACGCCUGUUUUGCAAAUCCCAUAUUUGAUUCAAUAAAAAACCUGCAGUUAA